GCCCACGUGCAUGCGGUACUCCUGUUGUUGUUUCUAAAUAGUUGAAUUCGGAAGAUUCAUCCAUGAUUGGUCUUCGAUUGUUUUUCGGCUUGUGUUCUCGGAUGGAAAAGCUUCAGGUGUGAGUGCGUGUGAAUGUGUAUCAAGUAGAUCGUAAAUGAUAUCAAAUGAAAGUAACUCUAUAGCUUUCUGUGUAUGAUUCAAGUAAACUAGCUUUUAUCAGUCCUGUGGCUGGAAGUGGGAAACCGCAAAAACCUUAACAACUGAGCUACAACGUUUAUCCAAAAAAACGUCUUAAACGUCUUGUGUGGGUGCAUGGAACUGAGACAAAGAGACACGUCGGUACGUGUUAUAAAAUAGAACUACUCCACAUUAACAAUGGGCAUAUCCUACAAGCGAAAGCGUAUUGACGAUGAAGAAGAGGUAGACCUUGGUGUAUCGUCCGCAGAGGAGGAUGGCGUUGAAAACUUCGAAAGGACUCGUCACACCUUUCGCCGGCAAAAUGAAAAUCUGGCCAAGAAGAAAGCAUUACUCCCCACUAAACACAAAGGCAAACUCGUAUACAAGGAGGUUGAUAUUCUUCCUGUUAUUGAAGCGGCUAUUACCGAAGCUGAGGGACCUGAAGACGUUGAUUCUGACGAGGAGGAGCCUUCAAUGACGAAAGUAUUUGAUGAGCUUAUCUCAUCCACCGACGAAGAAGAUCAACUCCAAGGGGACGAAGAAGUUGAAGAUGAAUGUAAAAGUGAGGCGGAACGGCUUGCCGAGCAAAGUGUCAAGGUUAAUGAAUACAUGUUACAGAUAGGUAAUGUAUGCUCAGAUAUCGUUGAAAACCCUGAGCAACACUAUCGUAAAAUAAACGAUUUACUUCAAAUGACAAAAAUGACGGGGACAGCAGGAUACGCCAUAAAAAAAGUAGCGUUGUUGUCACUCGGUGAGGUUUUUGCAGACAUUUUGCCAGAAUAUCGUGUCAAGGAGGAUGCCAAACCUACAGCUAAUGGUCCCAAACUCAAAAAGGAAACAAGAGAACUCAUGGCGUACGAAAGGACCCUUUUAAAGUUGUACAAACGGUUUCUGGUAGUCUGCGAAGAUUUUGUUCAGCUUCAGUACCGCGCGAUGCGUACACAGAGGCAGCGAAAACGGGUGAAGCGCCGAAAGUCCAAACAAUUUCAUGACCAAUACAGUGAUUCCAAAGGAAAUGGCGAACCUGAUUUCGAGGUCCCGCCGCAUUUGCUACAGCUCUCCCGUGCAGCGAUUCAAGCGUUCUCUCGAGUGUUCACAGCGCGGCCCUACUUCAAUUAUCGCGAUAAAAUUGCCGCAAUCAUGGUAAACAGUCUUGUCAAUCGGGAUAGCGUGAUUUCCGAUGCGUCAUACAAUUGUCUGAAGACCAUCUACAGGGAGGACCAGCUCGGUGAAACCGUGUUCGAGUGCGUCAAGCAUACCAAAUUAUUGGUUAAGUCAUAUACAGCCAAGUUGCCACCAAAGGUGCUGUAUUCCCUGUUAAAUCUACGUAUUGCCAAAGCGAAGUCAUCGGAGCAGGAGGCAAUCGACCUAAAGGAAAUCCGUAGUAAGCUGAGCAAGAUGUCUCGUGCUGAACAUCGCCGGCACAAAGAUUUGCAGAAACUUGACAGACAGUUGGCAGAAGCUCGUGCCGAGGACAGCGAAGACCGCAAAAGUCGAGUGCACACGGAAAUAUUGAAACAGCUAAUGAAUAUCUAUUUUUGGAUUCUCAAGAAAGAUGAUAGGCCAUCGCAGCUGCUUACGCCACUUCUCGAAGGUCUCUCUAAGUAUGCUCAUCUGCUAAACAUUGAAUUCUUUGAUGAUCUGCUUGACGUGCUCCAUCGUCUCAUGGAGAGCGAAGAGCUUACGGAAGGUCAGACGUGCCAUUGUCUGCUAACCAUCUUUAAAAUACUCAGCGGACAGGGCCAAGUAUUAAACGUGGAUCCGACCCGAUUCUAUACGCAACUCUACGCUACCUUCCUGAACUUAAAUGCCUGUUCUCCAUAUGACUUCACGCCAACGAUACUCCAGUGUCUUGACAUGACGCUGCUUAAAAAAAAAGAUGCCAGUUAUCAAAGACUACUAGGGUUUACUAAGCGUUUAUUGACCGUUUCAUUGCAGGCAGGUGACGCCAGCACGUUAUCACUUCUAUCAAUGGCUCGUGCUCUUAUGACUUCUCACCACCAGCUAGACGUGUUGUUAGACCACGAGGUCGGAUCAGGCGUGUUUCGACCUGAACUCACCGAUCCAGAGCAUGCGAAUGCUUCUAGUGCUGUGCUAUGGGAAUGCGCUCUGUUGACGAAACAUUAUGUUCCGAUGGUUCGACGGUUUGCCGCGUUAGUUUCUGAGGGCAGUCGAGGAGUACCCGAUAAAUUCGUGCAGAACAUUAGUAAAGCGACACCGUCACAAGUUUACGGCGCAUUUCGUAAGCGGGACGCUGUUGAGAUCGCUGAUGAAGUUGACAAAUCAAAACGUUCUAUUUCCACGAAACCAAUUCUCUGGACCCAAGAGAGUUCAGUUAGCAAAGGCGAGGCCAUCAUUGCCUUGCUCGAAGAUGACAUCGCGCUUUGGACACACGGCGAACAUCUAGCGCCUAGGUAUCAUAAUAGUUUAUAAAUAGACAACAGAUCGUUCAGCUACAAGUAUACAUAUGAAUUCGAAAGUAGUUUGCAUAACAAUAGCAAGAACUUUUUAUUGCAUGCCCACGAAGGAGUUUGCAUUCAUGUAUGUAGUGAUGUUUAAGUGCACUUAAGCAAAAAUCUGAUUACGUGGUAUAUGGCAAAAGACCAAUAUUAUUUGGUACAAUAAAUAUAUGAUUGUUUUUAUUUUAUAUUUAGUUUUCAUUAUUUUUGCUAGUUUUGUAUUGAAAUUAAAUGUUUAGGCGAGUGUUUUUAUGGAAAAAUCAUAGCCAAAGUGCGAUAUGCUUCAACAUAUGUACAGGCACGGCUGUCUACUGGCUUUGUUUAGAACCAGAUAAUACACUCCACUGAAUCGUAUUGCCUUUCCGUAAUAUAAAACUCUUGUAAAUAAAAGUCUCACAUUUAGUUGUUUUGCGACAGAGAAUCAUGGUUAGUCGAAAAAUUCUACCUAUGGCAAGUGAGUGAUAGGUGAUUUGUUCUCUAGAAGUAUCUACGACUCCCAUUAUAAUGUUGGUGUUUUUUCGUUCAUUGUACAUUGUUUUCCAUAAAAUUUUGUGCUACAUGACGUCAGUGUCAUGCAUUUUCUGGGAGUAACUGUGUUCACUUUAGUCGUCUUCAAAGAGUUCAGGUGCUACGCCGGUGUUCUUCACCUAAAUGCGGUCACAGAACUGAGAACGCGUUUCUUGGAGCUGAAGAAAAACAACAGAAACUGAUUCUCUAAAUCCUUUUUCUACCUUCCCACAAGAUAACAUUUGUAUCAAGCCCGCAAGCGCUGUCCAGGGAAAUACAUGGAGUGAAGUCCGAACGUCAUUGUCAGUAUUUCAAUGCACUGCUUACCAUGCAGAACUUGAUCGUAGUUUAGAAAAAUGAAAGUUCAGAUCAAGACGGUUUUGCGACCAGGAAGGUAACUUAACUGUUUUUCGCCGCGAUCAAUUUCUUUUUUAUGGAUGGAUUCCCUGGCUAGAGGUUUUUAGUGUUAAUCUCCGGCCCACAAAGGCUUCAAGUCAGCGUCCAAUUAACACUGCGGCUACUAACCUAAUCAUUUCCAUUCGGAUUAUGAUCAACUAUAGAUCAAACAUUCAGAGAGCUUUAAACCCAGCCCCUAAAGAAUAGGAAGUCACUUGACUGCUAUGCCAUCUUUUCAGAUCUAACGAGUUAAACGUCUGCAAAAGUUGUAUUGUAUUUUCAGCAGUUACCUUUAUCCUUUUUGAGCAUGGGCACAUCUGAGUAAUUAAAAUAAGCCUUCAAAAGGCGUAAAAAGGAAGUGUAGGCUUCGUUAAUCCGCGGGGCAAGUCAUUUGGAUGCAAAUAUUGGAAGAAAACAGAUCUGCGGGUGUUUACUGUGGCGGCUUUCCUUAAUGAUCUUGAUCUGAAUGAAAAAUAAAAAAAAAUCGUGCAACAAAAGUAAAAGCAUAUUCUAUUACAGUCCGAACUGUAGUAUUCACUCGUAUGUGCCUUAUUUUUCUCCUACAGAUCUAGUACACAUCUAGAACAAACUUUGCGCUCAGGGACAAGCUCGAGCGAAAUUUUACAAAGUAAUCAAUACUAAAUAAAUCAAGUAUACGGAGGUGUAGAAGCUAACAUAACUGUUCUGGUUGAAAGACUGACGCACGAAACAACUUUGAAAUACGUAGGGAUAUCAGAUGUAAAAUUUUUAACAUACACAUAUAAGUAAUCAAAAAUUGACACAAGAAAGUCAAAAGUUGAUGGCAUAUGAUAAUUACCUCGACUGUUCUAAGACUCACAAGGUAAAGCGGACUCUCGUCUUUCUUUAUUACAAUGCUGCCUCCAACAUACACCUAGGCUAAAUGAGCGAUGCAACAAAGAAAUCUCAUACCAAUGAUAGAUCUCAUGUUCCUAUCUGUCUGUCUGCAGUAUUCCUAUAAUAAGCAAAUCGCAAACCAAAUAUCCCUGUGUCUAUGCGGUAAUAUUUAAGGUGCGUAUUCAUUAAAAAAGAUUUACAAAGAACACAAUAUAUUCCCUCGUUCUCAAAAAUACGUAUACAUACUCUUUUCUAAAAUUUGAGCCUUGAAAAAAUAUACUCUUUCUACUUUAAAUGCAUAUCGGACUAUCACAAAAUUUUACGUUCAUGAUAAAUAUUUUAUCCCUUAUUAUACACGAUUAUUUUAAAGUGUGUGUUCGACGAUAGUUAUCAUAAAAUUUCUACUUUAUUACCGCAAUUAGGUUAUUAUUAACGAUUACAACUUAUUUACGCAUUUUCUCCCAUGGAAUACAGUACGCACAAUCCAACAACUAUCGUGAAAUAUUAGAAGCUAUUUGCGCUACAAUUCAUUCAUUACGGCCGGGCCUUACCAACUAGUUUUCAUGUAACUGCCAUUCUGCCGGGUUCAAGUCAAAUUCAUGAGUACCAAAAACUUAAAAAAAAAUAUAUGGUCACUUCGAAACCGUAUUUCCUCACUUUCCCCCAGCGUCGCUUUCGUGCAGUUGUUCAUCAUAUCUGAUAUAAUUUGUAUCUAGAACUCACCCAGUUACAAACUGCCCGAGUGUCUGUACUUGACUUAUACCUAGUUUACUAUCUGCUUAUCUAUUCACGUGUGCGCACUAGAGCGGUCAAUAACGAAAGUCAAAUUGUUUCAAUGCAUUUGAGUAGAUGAAUAAACACACCUUACAGUGAUUAGAAAGAAAAAAAAUGGUUUGAAACAUGACUGGUUACAUCAUGAAUCUAGGAAGUAAUAUAUUAUUAGGCUAUGUGAGAAUAUUUGAUAUGGGUCGGUGUCGUGGGCAGUCCUCGCUAUAGCUUAGUGUAUAACUUAUUUGCCUAAUAAUCUUAAAAAUACGUUGCAGUCUAGGCUCGAAUCCGUAAAUGGCCACAUUUCGUUUCAUUCUGGAAGCGAGCGUCUGAUGCUGAAUGCUCAACAGCAAUGCCUAUCCACAAUGGCUAUUGUUAAUUUGCUCAAUGAUAUAUGCAAUGCACGGUUCGAAUAUAUUUGCUCUUUAUAUAUUUGCUUUUACGUCACUAAAAUAUCUAUAAAAUAUAAAAUAAUAUAAAACACAGGUACGUUACUAAAUAUCAAUAAACUAUUUUAAAAGCUAGUUUUACAAUAUGAUCACUUGACCUCAUUGAUGGCGUACACUACACUCUGCAAAACCAUGUUACUUGCGUUGUGAUGGCUAACUUUACUUCUUAAUGGGGAAAAAUAUUUGCGUGGCCCAAGUUGAUGAAUCUGAUAAACUAGAUCUUCGUCAUUUGAUGUAGAUACUUGAUCUUAUUUACCAGGUCAAACUUUUACCUCCUUAACUCUUCUCUUAAACUUUCCGAAUUUCUCUAGCUAUUUACAGAAACAUUAAGCAUUUAACCUGCAACUCGUAUUGUAGUUCUUACUUUUUUCGUACGCACAGUUCGCGCCAUCGAUGCCGAUCACAAAU